UCUUCCAGAUCUCAUUUAUUUUUACAUCAUUUGACCAUGUCUUCUUAAGAAAAUGCAUAAGCUUCCUUUCAAACACCUCUCUUUUCCUAAUCAUUCCUUGUCUUCCAGGCAUGACUGGAGCCAUGGAAGAUGCAAAUAACACCACAGACACAAACUUCAUUCUUCUGGGACUCUUUAACCACACUCAGACCCAUCUGUUCCUCUUUUCCAUGGUGCUCAUGGUCUUCCUUUCCUCCCUGAUGGGCAAUGCCCUCUUGAUUGUGCUCAUCUAUGAGGACCCCCGACUGCACAUGCCCAUGUACUUCUUGCUUAGCCAGCUCUCCCUCAUGGAUGUGAUGCUUGUCUCCACCAUAGUCCCCAAAAUGGCAGCCAACUACCUAAUGGACACCAGAUCCAUCUCUCCUGCUGGCUGUGGGGCCCAGAUAUUCCUGUUUCUGACUCUGGGAGGGGGCGAGUGCUUCCUCUUAGCUGCCAUGGCAUAUGACCGAUAUGUGGCCAUAUGUCACCCCCUGCGCUACCCCAUCCUCAUGAAUCAGAAGCUCUGCUUGAACAUGACCACAGGCUCCUGGCUUCUGGGAGGGGUAGAUGGGCUGAUGCAAGCUGGCACCACUCUGAGCUUCCCUUACUGCCAUUCUCGGGAAAUCAACCACUUCUUCUGUGAGGCACCCUCGCUGGUUCGCCUUGCAUGUGCAGACACUACAUUUUUUGAGUUUUUCAUGUAUGUGUGCUGCAUCCUGAUGCUCUUGAUCCCUCUGUCUAUCAUUUUGGCUUCCUACAGUCUCAUCCUGGCUGCUGUGCUCAACAUGAGGUCCACUGCAGCUCGAAAGAAAGCCUUUGCCACCUGCUCCUCUCACCUGGCUGUCGUGGGGCUCUUCUAUGGCACUCUCAUAUUCACCUACAUGCGGCCCAAAUCCUACUGUACAGUGGCCCAUGACAAGGUGGUCUCUGCUUUUUACACCAUCUUUACACCUGUGUUGAACCCUCUUAUAUAUAGUGUGAGGAAUAAAGAAGUCAAGGGGGCUUUGAAAAAGUGGCUGGGUUUGUGUGUGUCUGUAUAA